UUCAACCCCUACUCUCCCCCAACCCCAUCCCUUUACACAUUUCCCACUAACUACAUUAAAAUAAUACCCCACUAUCAACUACUACCUAUUAAAUUAAAUAAGUCAAUUCAAGUCCCUUAAACUCUGUGCCGGUCAAACCGAGUCGAGUAUUCCGGGACGGAGGGAGUAUAAAGGAACAAUAACAAAUAACUACUUCAAAAUUCACAAGUCAAACCCCUUUAAAAAUUGCAUACUCCAACAUAUUCUAACCAAAAUGGGUAAGCAUGUGAUUUCAUUAAAAAAAGAAAAAAAAAAAGAAAGAAGGAAAACAACCCAAAGUUCAUGGAACUCGUCGGAAACAAACAAAAACGCUAACCCACCACUUCCUGCUCAAAGUUCAUCAUCUACCUUUCUUUGGCACUACUGCUCAAGCAAACAAGUACCCGUAUUCUUCUCCACGUUCAGUUGGAGAUCUCCCACAUUCUUCUCCACGAUUCUGAGAGGGAAAUCCCCAAUUUUUUCCCUUCAAAAACUCCCCCAAUAUUUGCACUUAUCAGGUUAUGGAAACUGCAAUUGGGUUUUAUUUUUUUCCCUCAAUCAGUCUGUCUCUCUCCUUCUACGUUACUCAUUUAUUCCCAAAAUUAUUCAAAGAAAGCACGAAAAUUCACUCCGAGCAGGCGGCGCCGAUAGAUCAACUCACGCAUUGAAAUUCAGGGGCAUGGCAAAGCGAUUGAGGCCCUGUGCGAUUAGCAGAGGCCCUGUGAGUCAGGGUGAAGAGCUUCAUGGUGAAUUCAGUCAGGGUGAAGAGCUUCAUGGUGAAUUCAGUCAGGAUCCUCGCCUAGAAGUAUCCGCUGUUUUGGCAGAACCGAUGCUGCAACUUGAAAGCCACAGGCUGAUUCUUCAAAAGGUAAUGGAAGGACCAAAGCAAAGUAUUCAGGAAUAAGUUGGGAGUUUUUUUGCUGCCGCAAAAGUUUCUUCAUCGUCUCCCACACCUGAUCUUCCGGAGAUUGCAUUUGCUGGUAAUUGAUUUCUUUCCUGGUUUUCUGUGCCUUUUCAUAUUUCUUAACUUGGCUAGCAAGAUUAGGGAUUCAUGUACACAUGGACCACGAAAGCUUCUUGAGUUCUCAAAACAUUGACUCCCAAGUUCCUCCUUCUUUAGCCAUUUUGUGUAUUGAGCUAAUAAAAGACAAAUUAAUCAGCUAAUUCACUUACUUUUCUUGUGCUUAAUUUUUCUAAAGCCUCAUUUGGGAAAUGCCGUGUAUUCUUUGCUAAAUUUGGACAUGACAGAAGAGGUCGUCCUGCAGCUAUAUUCUAGCUGGCUGGAAAUGUUCCUUUUAUUUCUUGGUGAUCAGCAUAUAUAUGAUAUGCAAAUUGAAAUGAUACUAAUCCAUAAUCUUUGAUCAGCCUGUCCGUUUCUGCACUAGUUUAUCGUUAGUUAGCAAAAACUGCAAAAUUUAUGAGCCUUUUGAUUGUCAGAUAGAUUUAGAGCAUAUUUCCGGUGUUUAGAUUGUUGUGGCUUUAUAUAGAGUAAGAGCUAGUAGGUUGCUGGACAAAGGUAAAGGCUUAAGACAAAGGUAAUGUUGGUUUCCAUGGACCAUGGUUCAGAUAUCAUUCCAGGAUUUCCAGCUUCAAGCUUAAUAUGGAAAUACCUUAAUUAUACCAGUACCCUCAUCUAUGGUGUAUCCUUGGUGGUUAUUACUAGGUUACUGAUGAACUGCUGAUGUCUGUACUGUUGCAGAUGCUGCUACAGUUGUUAUGUCGUACGUCGUUGGUUCUUCAGAUAAAUCUCUACAAGUCUCAAAUUCUGUUCUUCUCCAUUUGUGCUCAGUUAGCUAGGAGUCAAGAUGCAAUAGAGAUUGUAAAGCCAUUCAUUUUGUUGCUUUCAACUCAGAUUAGCUCAUUUUUAUUUAGUUUACCACCCUACAAUUCCUUCGAAUUUCUCCUUCAUUGUCUGUGAGAGUAUCAAUCUGACCCAUCCUCACCAUAGCAUCAGCAAACUUCAUUCCCCAGAAGUAAGGAUUUCGGGCAUAAUGGUAUACUAGGUUCGCAGUAGCAGUGUCUGACAAGAGAGUCUGAUCAGAUGUGAACAAGCCACGGCUGUUGAGGAUGUCCCUGUAGUAGUCAGUGUCAGAAAUCGUGGGACUAAUAGGGUCCAUUGGAACCACAAUGUUAGCACCGGCAUCCCCUAAUGGGCACUGCUGCUGCCGUUGAGAUGCAUUCGCAGAGCUCAUACUGGGGUCUCAUGCUGUUGAUGGGGUGAAAUUGUACAGCCUUUUGCUGAAGGACGUGCAGUGAGCGCGACCUAUGGCAUAAGGUCCUGCACACCGCAUAAUUUUAGUUUUCAGGGGCAAUAAUGAACAUAAACUCCCUAAUUCAUCUGUUCUAUUGCAUGAAGUUAUUGGUGAUUCUACACAAACGGACAUAUAUAAGCUAUGUUUUAAGGCACCAAUUUAUUUAGUCAUUACCAGAGAGAAUGACCAUCUGUUCUUGUGUUAAUCAACUAUAUAGUCAUUGCCAGAGAAAAUGUUGAUAGACGCAAAUGGGAACCGGCAGGUCUCUAGCACCACUUCCUGGACACUUUACUAGAUAAGUAGGCUCCAACUCUUAUGACAAAAAAAUGUUAUGAGGAAUAUACUUGUAAGUUCUACCAUUUAUUUUAUUGCAAGUAUCUUCCAUUAUCUUUCUAUAUGCAUCUUCAUAUUAUGGGCAGCUAUUGCAUAAUACACUCUAAGGCUCAUGGGUUAAAAGCUUACGGUCUGUAGGUGUUCUUAAUUACAUAACAGCAGUAGUGACACAAGUGCAUAGUUCAGUCUUGGCCCUACGCAUCAUGAUUUGAGGUUAAUUCAAUGGGUUUUUUUGGUGCAUUUGCAGGUCUGUGCUAUUCUCUUUGCAGGAGGUGAUACAGUUGCUAAUAUGUACCCUUUAGUCUGUUCGGUGCUAAUACAGUUGGUAUACUUUCAGUUACCAUGCAAUUUUUUUAACUGGUGACUUUUCACAGUUACUCCGAUGAAUUUGAGAGCACACAAAUUUUUUAUCAGGACCAAAUGCCGAGUUCAGAACAUGAGGGUUAAAACAAUGACAAACUCUAAAGAUCCGCCCAAAGCUCUCAGUUCUAACAGUGCACAAUAUCUCUUUUUUUUUCAGGAAGUCCAGCUUCUCGAUCUGUGGAGUUUCUCAAAAUUUUCUUUGCAGAUGGAAAACAGUGAAACUCUGAAGGAUAAGGAUGGGGAUUUCAGCCUUAUACACUCCAUUCACACUACUACAACACUAUACUGGUUGUUAGCUUUGCACUUUGCAGCUGAAAAAAGAAGGCAACUGGUGGCGGAAGAAACAACACCCAAGAGUGGGCAAUUUACUUUCCUGGAUUGAUUCAAUCUAAGCACAAGUACAUUAGCAUGCCCUGUUAAGGAGAGUGUGAAGCUCUAUGCUAACAGCUUUUAAUUUGCUCAGCUAGCCAGGAGCCGAGAUGCAAUUCCAUAGAGAUUGUAAGCCAAAUUAAAGCUGCAGGGAAGUAAGGAAUUCAUAGUAGCUGUUGAAGACUUCGAUCAUAUGUUUUCAUAGCAAUUGAAGACCUUAGUUGAAGACCUUAUCUGUUUAUUUGUUUUCGC